AUGGCAGGAUACACGACUUAUCGCGAUCUGGGAUCAGAGUCGAUGAAAGAAGCAGAUGCGAAUAUUCGGGACGCUAUUAAUCGUGGCUUAACCCCGGGACCCAGGCUAUUUGUCGCUACAAGAGUGAUCGCUUCGACCGCGGCUUAUGAACCAAGAACAGAGAAUCAUCUGGGUGGAACCUGUAUGCCCGCAGGGUGUGAUUCCGCAGAUGGUCCAGAUGAAUUAAGGAAAGCCGUAAGAAGAAGAAUAGGCCAUGGAGCAGAUGUCAUCAAGUUUUAUGCAGAUUACUAUCGUCGAGUCAUGAGAUUCCCCCCGAAGCAACAACACCCAUACAUCCCAUCGAUGAAGUUCCAACCUGUCGAUCCUAAUCCCGAUUUAGUCGUGUUUCAAGAUGAAGAGAUGGAUGCGAUAGUCUCGGAGGCUAAUCUGGCGAGGGCACCAACCGUUGCUCAUGCAGAUUCUAAAGAGGGUAUUUUGGCUGCCGCACGGGCUGGUGUCUUGUCUAUAGAACAAGCUUCGCGGGCUGGUGAAGAAGGUUGA